AUGAAUAGUUACUUCUUUCCUACUCUUUUCAGUUUUACAGGAGAUUCCAAGUUAGCUUCUAGUAUGCGCUAUGUGGAGACGCAGUCUAUGCAAAUUGGAGCAUCAUACAUGAUUCAGUUCAACUUGGUGAUGGGCUGUGGCCAGCAAUACACCCCCCACAUGGACAAUCAGGUGAAACUGGAGUACUCCACUAAUCAUGGCCUCACUUGGCAUCUGGUUCAAGAGGUAAACAUCACGCGAUUGUCCGGUGCAACCCGUUUCCGGUGGAGUCAAUGCUACUACACUGCUCAAGACGAGUGGGCAUUAGACAACAUUUAUAUAGGACAGCAAUGCCCACAUAUGUGCAACGGGCACGGCUGGUGUGAUCAUGGCAUCUGUAGAUGUGACUCUGGAUAUCAAGGUACUGAGUGUCACCCUGAAAAUAAUCUACCUUCAACUAUCAUAUCUGAUUUUGAGAAUCCGAACAUUUUGGAAACAGAAUGGCAGGAAGUCAUUGGCGGGGAGAUUGUAAAACCAGAACAAGGCUGCGGCGUGAUCUCAUCUGGAUCCUCCCUUUAUUUCAACAAGGGUGGGAAGAGGCAGUUGGUGAGCUUGGAUCUGGACACCACCUGGGUAGAUUUUGUCCAGUUUUACAUUCAGAUCGGCGGAGAGAGCCCCUCCUGCAACAGACCAGACAGCAGAGAAGAAGGGGUCCUCUUACAAUACAGCAACAACGGAGGCAUCACCUGGCACGCCCUGGCGGAAAUGUACUUCUCGGACUUCAGCAAGUCCAGGUUUGUCUACCUGGAGCUUCCUCCGGCUGCGAAGACGCCCUGCACGCGAUUCCGUUGGUGGCAGCCACUGUUUUCGGGAGAAGGAUAUGACCAGUGGGCUAUUGACGACGUCAUCAUUCUGUCUGAAAAACUGAAACAGAUCAUCCCUGUGGCCAACCCCACUUUGCCUCAGAAUUUUUAUGAGAAACCAGCAUUUGAUUACCCCAUGAACCAGCUCAGCAUGUGGCUAAUGUUAGCGAACGAAGGGAUGCCCAAAAACGAAACUUUUUGUUCGGCGACCCCGUCCGCGAUGAUCUUUGGCAAGUCAGAUGGUGAUCGGUUUGCAGUGACCCGGGAUUUAGUACUGAAACCAGGUUAUGUCCUUCAGUUCAAGCUAAACAUCGGCUGCACGGACCAGUUCAGCAGUUCUGCUCCAGUUCUUCUUCAGUAUUCCCACGAUGCUGGCUUGUCUUGGUCAUUAGUGAAGGAGAGCUGCUUCCCAGCAUCCCCUGGGGUGAAAGGAUGCGAAGGAAGCAGCAGGGAAUUGACAGAGCCCACCAUGUACUAUGCGGGAGACUUUGAAGAGUGGACGAGGGUCACCAUCGUCAUCCCGAGGUCACUCGCUGCUAGGAAAACCAGAUUCCGCUGGAUGCAAGAGAGCAGCUCCCAAAAGAGCCUGCCUCCAUUUGGCUUAGAUGGAGUCUACAUUUCAGAAGCGUGUCCCAGCUACUGCAGUGGCCACGGAGACUGCAUUUCUGGGGUCUGUUUUUGUGACAUGGCCUACACAGCUUCACAUGGGACCUGUGUCUUUAAUGCACCUAACCCCAGCGAGAUGUUUGACAGAUUUGAGAAGAAGCUGAGUCCCCUUUGGUACAAGAUAACCGGAGCGCAUGUUGGAAACGGCUGUGGAAUAGUGAAUGAUGGGAAAUCUCUUUAUUUUGGAGGUCCGGGCAAAAGGGAAGCGCGGACAGUCUCUCUGGAUACCACUGGCAUCAGAUUAGUUCAGUUCUAUGUACAAAUUGGAAGCAAAAAAGCUGGUUCAGAUUGCAGCAGACCCCGAGCCAGGAACGAAGGACUUGUGAUCCAGUAUUCAAACGACAAUGGAAUAAGCUGGAUUUUGCUACGAGAACUGGAUUUCCUGUCUUUCUUAGAACCACAGAUUGUGUCUAUUGAACUGCCCCGGAAGGCCAAAACAUCGGCCACUGCAUUUCGGUGGUGGCAACCUCAGCAUGGAAAGCAUUCAGCCCAAUGGGCUUUGGACGACGUCCUUGUAGGCAUGAACGACAGCUCCCCGAUGGGUUUUCAAGAUAAAUUUGAUGGCUCUGUAGAUUUACAGGCAAAUUGGUACCGGGUUCAAGGAGGGCAGGUAGACAUCGAUUGUCUAUCUAUGGAUACCUCGCUCAUCUUCAGUGAAAACAUAGGAAAGCCUCGCUAUGCGGAGACCUGGGACUUCCACGUGGCUGAUUCCACCUUCAUGCAGUUUGAGCUGAACAUGGGCUGCAGCAAGCCGUUCAGCGAUUCCCACGCCGUUCAUUUCCAGUAUUCCCUAAACAACGGAAAAGACUGGCAUGUGGUAACGGAAGAGUGCGUGCCGCCCAAAAUAGGCUGUCAACAUUACACAGAGAGUUCGAUUUACAGCUCAGAAAGAUUUCAAAACUGGAAGCGGAUCACGCUCUCUCUCCCUCCGGCAGCAAUGUCCCCCAGAACGCGCUUCAGAUGGAUCCAACAUGAUUAUACUCCUGGUGGAGAUACCUGGGCUAUUGAUAACGUCAUCCUGGCCACCGGAUGUCCCUGGAUGUGUUCUGGUCAUGGAAUCUGCGAUGUUGGACGUUGUGUGUGUGACCGAGGUUUUGGAGGGCCCUAUUGUGUGCCUACUGUUCCCCUCCCAACUGUGCUAAAAGAUGACUUCAAUGGCAACCUGCACCCUGACCUUUGGCCCGAAGUCUUCGGAGCCGAGAGAGGAAACCUGAACGGCGACACCAUCAAAUCCGGAACGAGCCUCAUCUUCAAAGGGGAAGGGUUGAGGAUGCUCGUUUCGAGGGACCUAGACUGUACAAAUACAAUGUAUAUUCAGUUUUCCUUCAGAUUUUUAGCUAAAGGUACUCCGGAAAGAUCUCAUUCUAUUCUGCUCCAGUAUUCCAUUAACGGAGGCAUCACUUGGCAUCUGAUAGAUGAGUUUUACUUCACCCAAACCACCGACGUCCUUUUUAUUAACAUCCCAUUGCCGUACUCCGCACGAAACAGCGCUACACGUUUCAGGAUCUGGCAACCUUACAACAACGGUAAGAAGGAGGAGAUUUGGAUUAUAGAUGACUUCAUUAUUGAUGGAAAUAACCUCAAAAAUCCUGUGAUCCUUUUGGAUUCUUUUGACUUGGGCCCAAAGGAAGACAACUGGUUUUUCUAUCCUGGUGGCAACAUUGGACUUUAUUGUCCAUAUUCAUCCAAAGGAGCACCAGAAGAAGAUUCUGCUAUGGUAUUUGUGUCAAAUGAAGUUGGAGAACAUUCAAUUACAACGAGAGACCUGAACGUAAACGAAAAUACCAUAAUCCAGUUUGAGAUUAACGUCGGCUGCACCACGGACAGCUCCUCGGCUGAGCCGGUGAAACUUGAAUUCUCCCGAGACUUGGGGGCAACUUGGCACCUGCUCCUCCCUCUAUGUUAUAGUAGCAGCAGCUAUCUCAAUUCUCUCUGCUCUGUUGAGCAUCAUCCCAGUAGCACCUACUACGCUGGAACGACCCAGGGCUGGAGAAGAGAGGUCAUCCAUUUUGGAAAGCUACAUCUCUGUGGAUUGGUGAGAUUCCGAUGGUACCAAGGGUUUUAUCCCGCCGGGUCUCAACCGGUGACCUGGGCCAUUGACAACGUGUACAUAGGACCACAGUGUGAAGAGAUGUGCAGCGGACACGGCAGUUGUGUCAACGGGACCAAGUGCAUCUGUGACCCUGGAUAUUCUGGACCCACCUGUAGAAUAACCACCAAGAACCCUGAUUUUCUCAAGGAUGACUUUGAAGGGCAACUGGAAUCAGACCGGUUCUUACUGGUGAGUGGCGGGAAACCAUCCCGGAAAUGUGGGAUCCUGUCCGGAGGAAAUAACCUCUUCUUUAACGAGGAAGGAUUAAGGAUGCUGAUGACUCAAGAUCUGGAUUUAUCCCAAGCUAGAUUUGUGCAAUUCUUCAUGAGGCUGGGAUGUGGCAAAGCCGUACCUGAUCUCCGGAGUCAGCCGGUGUUGUUACAAUAUUCCCUUAAUGGUGGACUCCGGUGGAAUUUACUUCAGGAAUUUCUCUUCAGCAAUUCGAGCAAUAUUGGACGUUACAUUGCCCUGGAAAUCCCUUUAAAAGCUCGCUCUCCCUCUACGCGUCUCCGCUGGUGGCAGCCGUCGGAAAACGGGCAUUUCUACAGCCCUUGGGUCAUCGACCAGAUCCUUAUCGGUGGAAACAUUUCUGGCAACACAAUCCUGGAAGAUGAUUUCAGCACCUUGGACAGCAAGAAGUGGCUUCUCCACCCAGGUGGGACCAAAAUGCCCGUAUGUGGUUCCUCUGGAGAUGCUCUGGUCUUCAUUGAGAAGGCCAGCACUCGCUACGUGGUCACCACCGACAUUGCCAUCAACGAAGACUCUUUCCUCCAGUUGGACUUUGCCGCUUCUUGUUCGGUCACCGACUCUUGCUACGCUAUUGAGCUGGAAUAUUCUGUGGAUCUGGGUCUGUCGUGGCAACCCGUGAUAAGGGAUUGCCUUCCUACUAAUGCGGAAUGCAACAGGUAUCAUCUCCAGAGGGUCCUGAUCUCCGAUACCUUCAACAAAUGGACAAGAAUUAUCUUGCCUCUUCCUCCAUAUACCAGGUCUGAUGCAACUCGUUUCCGUUGGCACCAAACGGCUCCUUUCGACAAGCAACAAACCUGGGCCAUUGACAACGUCUACAUAGGUGACGGCUGUAUAGAUAUGUGCAGCGGACACGGAAGAUGUUCUGAAGGGAACUGCGUGUGCGAUGAAAACUGGAGCGGGUUAUACUGCGACGAGCCCGAUGUGUCCCUCCCCACUCAACUGAAAGACAAUUUCAACCGGGCGCCGUCCAAUCAGAACUGGUUAACCGUCAACGGGGGGAAACUCAGCACCGUCUGCGGUGCGGUGGCUUCGGGGAUGGUCCUUCAUUUUAGCGGGGGAUGCAGCCGUUUGCUCGUGACAGUGGAUCUCAACCUCACCAAGGCAGAAUUCAUUCAGUUUUAUUUCAUGUAUGGAUGCCUGAUCAGCCCCAACAACCGUAACCAAGGAGUUCUUCUGGAAUAUUCUGUAAAUGGGGGCAUUACGUGGAGCCUUUUGAUGGAAAUAUUUUACGACCAGUUCAGCAAGCCCGGUUUCGUGAACAUUCUCCUCCCUGCGGACGCCAAGCGGGUGGGAACUCGUUUUCGCUGGUGGCAGCCGAAACACGAGGGCCUCGAUCAAAGCGACUGGGCAAUUGACAACGUGUUGAUAUCGGGCUCGGCGGAUCAAAGGACCGUGAUGCUGGAUACCUUCAGCAGUGCCCCGUUGCCCCAGCACGAACGCUCGCCUGCCGAUGCGGGACCGACGGGCAGGAUCGCUUUCGACAUGUUUGUCGAUGACAGGACAACAGUGAACGAGCUCUGGAUGUUCCAUGAUGAUUGCUCCAUUGAAAAAUUCUGCGACUCUCCGGAUGGGGUCCUGAUGUGUGGUAGCCAUGACGGCAGAGAGGCCUACGCCAUCACUCACGACCUAACUCCCACCGAACGUUGGAUCAUGCAGUUCAAGAUUUCGGUUGGAUGUAAAGCCUCCGAAAAGAUUGCUCAGAACCAAGUCCAUGUACAAUAUUCUACCGAUUUUGGCGUGAGUUGGAGGUACCUCAUCCCUCAGUGUUUACCUGCUGAUCCGAAAUGUUCCGGAGCUGUUUCCCAGCCCUCUGUCUUCUUCCCCACCAAAGGAUGGAAAAGGAUAACAUAUCCAUUGCCUGAAAACUUAGUAGGAAAUCCAGUGAGAUUCAGAUUUUAUCAGAAGUACUCUGAUAUGCAGUGGGCCAUUGACAAUUUCUACCUUGGGCCUGGUUGUGUCGAAAACUGCCGAGGCCACGGAGACUGCUUGAAAGAGCAGUGCAUUUGUGAUCCGGGAUUCUCCGGCCCAAAUUGUUACCUGACCCAUCCUUUGAAGACCUUCUUGAAGGAGCGCUUUGACAACGAAGAACUCCGGCCCGAUUUAUGGAUGUCCCUGGAAGGCGGGCUGGCCUGUCUGGAGUGUGGGGUCCUCGCCGAGGACACGGCUCUGUAUUUCGGGGGACCCACCGUGAGGCAGGCAGUCACCCAAGACCUGGAUCUGCGGGGCGCAAAGUUUCUGCAAUACUGGGGAAGAAUAGGGAGUGAAAGCAACAUGACCACUUGUCACAGACCGACAUGUCGGAAAGAAGGAGUUCUACUGGAUUAUUCCACAGAUGGAGGGAUAUCAUGGACGUUGCUGCAUGAGAUGGAUUAUCAGAAAUAUAUCUCCAUCCGGCACGAUUACAUUCUGCUCCCAGAAGAGUCCCUCACCAACACGACUCGCCUGCGCUGGUGGCAACCCUUUGUGAUCAACAACGGAAUCGUUGUUUCGGGUGCGGAUCGCGCUCAGUGGGCCCUGGAUAAUAUACUGAUUGGCGGAGCAGAAAUCAAUCCAAGUCAACUGGUGGAUACAUUCGAUGAUGAAGGAAUCUCCCACGAAGAAAACUGGAGUUUCUACCCCAACGCGGUCAGGACUGCCGGAUUCUGCGGGAACCCCUCCUUCCAUCUCUAUUGGCCAAAUAAGAAAAAAGAUCAGACGUAUAAUAUCUUGUCCUCUCGGGAACUCAUUAUACAACCUGGAUACAUGAUCCAGUUCAAAAUUGUGGUUGGCUGUGAGGCAACGUCAUGCGGUGAUCCCCAUUCAGUUAUGCUGGAAUACUCUAAGGAUGCUCGGUUAGAUUUCUGGCAGCUGGUCCAGACCCAGUGCCUCCCUUCCUCCUCCAACAGUGUUGGCUGCUCCCCCUUUCAGUUCCACGAAGCGACCAUCUACAACUCCGUCAACAGCUCCACUUGGAAGAGGAUAACCAUCCAGCUGCCGGAUCACGUCUCCUCCAGUGCAACUCAGUUCCGCUGGAUCCAAAAAGGAGAAGAGCCGGAAAAACAAAGCUGGGCAAUAGAUCAUGUCUACAUCGGAGAAGCGUGCCCCAAACUCUGCAGCGGCCACGGAUAUUGUACCACGGGUGCCGUUUGCAUUUGUGAUGAGGAAUACCAAGGUGACGACUGCUCUGUUUUCAACCAUGAACUUCCCAGCUACAUUAAAGAUAACUUCGAGUCGGCAAGAAUUACCGAAAUAAACUGGGAGAUUAUCCAGGGUGGAGUGAUAGGCAACGGAUGUGGGCAGCUAGCCCCCUACGCUCAUGGCGAUUCUCUGUAUUUCAACGGCUGCCAGAUAAGGCAAGCAGUGACCAAGGCCCUGGAUUUAACCCGAGCAAGCAAAAUAAUGUUUGUUUUGCAAAUUGGAAGUCUCUCACAAACUGAUAGCUGCAACACAAAUCUCAGUGACCCCAACACUGUGGACAAAGCUGUGUUGCUCCAGUACAGCGUAAACAAUGGGAUUACAUGGCAAGUCAUUGCACAACACCAGCCGAAAGACUUUAUACAAGCCCAAAGAGUGUCUUACAACGUGCCACUGGAGGCACGAAUGAAGGGGGUGUUACUUCGCUGGUGGCAAUCCCGCCACAGUGGCUCAGGCCACGAUCAAUGGGCUUUGGACCACGUAGAAGUUGUUCAAGUAAGCACUCGCAAACAAAAUUACAUGAUGAAUUUUUCACGGCAACAUGGGCUCAGACACUUCUACAACAGAAGACGGAGGUCGCUUAGGCGUUACUCGUGAGGAACAAGA